GCAGCAUAACAGUGAGAAGUGAUGAAUACGAGCGGAAAGGAUAAAAGAAUCAAAGUGGAUUAAAAACCGGCUCGAACUGCAGGAGAGAAGAAACCGAAUCAUAUCUGAAAACCGAUUGUACAAGACGAAGUGAAGGUAAACAUUAGAAGAUGAGAUAAAUGGAGAAAAAAACCUAACAAAGUCGAUGCAAUUCCUCUUCAUCACCAUCAAUGGUAUUGUGAGAAUUUUUUGAGGUAUUGCCGAACGAAACAUAAAAGAAGAAAAACACGAACACAUUCAGAGUGGAUAAAAAACGAUGACUAGAGAAAUAGAAGAAAAGAAGUGCCUUUGAACAACGGAAAAAAUAGAUUACUAUGGGCUUAUCAUAGUACCAUCAUCUAUGCUAUCUGUCUUGCUUGUUCUCUCUGUGGGAGAUGCGGAGGUGGAUGAGGUUCAGCGAUGUUUCGGUAGCGUCCGAGGAAUCAGUUCAAGUUCGGGCCUCGCGGGUGAAACGUUAAUUGGCAGUGGUGACCAAUCGAGUGGAAAAUUGAACGCAAAAUUUCGGAUUGCGAAAGUUUUUGGCAGUUUGGGAAAAAUAAUGAGAAUGAAUUACCGUGAGAUAACAGUAAAGUGCGUUUCGGUGUUAAUAUGGUGAUGAUCACCAAAUGCAACUGAAAGUAUGGGAAGUGCGUUUAACAAAAUACACAAAAGUGAAAAGAAGCAUAUUAUAGGAAAUAAAGUGAAAGCCAAGCGAGUAUCGUAUAAUUGCGAUACUAUCAGUGUUUAAUCGAAGGUGCAGAAGUUUGUCGUGUGGAUACAGUGUGCGAAUAUUAAAAAAAAAAACAGGACCGCCUCAACUCCCCCUUGGAAACCCCCGUUUAUCGUUCAAGAAUAAACAUAUAUUUCAUCGGAACUCGAUUGAAAAUAACGGAUAGCCGCCGAUCAUCAGUGAGGUCCGAAUAUUGCUGAAAUGGAGAGUGUCUGGCGAAUAUUCCUGCUGCUUAUGAUACUGAAUGAUUUCAGUUUAAUUAGCUCGGAGCCACAGUAUCAACAGCAACAGCAACAGCAACAGCAAAACCAGCUGCAGCCACACGGAAGCGUCAAUAACAACAACAUCCAAAACGGUCAACCGCAACAGUCACAACCUCAGAGACCUUAUCGCUAUCGGGCUCCCCCGACAACGGCGGCCCCCUCGUUUUUCCAGCGGCUCUCCAACUGGUUCUACUUCUUCGGAGACGAUAGCAGUGACAAACGGCCCGCUCCUCUACCGCCUCCGCCUCCACCCAGACAACCGCAAAACUAUGUGCUGCAGCAAGCGAAUUCGCAGCUUCCGCUGCAGACUGCUGCGAGUGAUCAGAUCCGAAACGGAAGUAGAUCGUCUCUGCAGGGUAACAGUUACGGGGCACCUAAUUUCGGCAACCAGCUGAACGGAGGUUUUCAACCGAUUUAUCAAAACAACAAUUUUAAGGGGAGUGGAAGUAGCUAUCAUACAGUAACUAACUCGUAUCAGGCCGCGAAUAAUAACAAUAACAGAAACAUUUACAACAGUGUCUCUCAAGGACUAAAUCACCAGUACCCAUCGUAUAUCCCUCCAACGCUGCCGCUGGAGUCGAAUGGUGGGCUGCAGCAUGAUCCAAGAAUACUGAGACCCUCGCAGCCGGUGCCAAAAAGCAAUCAAUUCCGCGAUACAGAACCUACAACUCCUGCCCCAGGUAUUGCACCACUUCCAGGCGGUCCGACUAUUUUCAAAGACUUCAAUUAUCACCCUUGCAACAAUGUGCCAUGGGUUCCAGUUGCUUCCCCGGAGGGGCAUAUCCCCGUGACGCAAAUACCGCCGAACGCCAUUCCACUGAAUCCAAUUGCCCCGGAAAAGCCAAUCAAGCUUGAAGUGAAACCCAAAGGUCAAGUUCAAUCAGUAGCGGCGUAUCCCCCGGCAACAAUCAAACACGAACCGGUGAUUAUCACCGCUGAACCACACGACCAGCAAUUGAUCCAGCUUCAGCUUCAUCAACAACAGCAACAAUUACAAACACUUCAACUCCAACAGCUCCAAAUUCAGCAACAGCAGCUUCAGCAACAGUUGCACGAUCUUAAAGUCAGCACUACGCCUGCACCGCGUACUGUACCAACGGCGUUACCUUAUGCUCAAUCAGCCGCCCCUACGAUAGCCCAUUUGGUGACAAGAGGACCGGACCCACCGGCGACCGCUAUUCCAAUCACUUUCCGGCAGGUCUCCGCUUCGUACUUUACCAACAAGGAUUACAGUCCACCGGCUAAAAUUCUUCCCAUCCAAAACGAGGACAAGCCGUACGCUUCGAUUCAGCUACCCAAUUUGAGUGCCUCUCCGGUUCCACCACUCUACACGGCGACCUCAUUCCACACGGAUCCAUAUAAGUAUCAUCGUCCCGGAAAAGCGCGGGAUGGUGUCAUAGAACUAGGGUAUGGAUAUCCUCAAUCGCUAAAGUCCAUGUCCGAUAGCUACACUCGCUACAGUCAAACGAGUGCCUUCGGAGGUAGAAUUAACAAUUCACUCUCCGAUGCUGAACAAGUUGCAUCUUCAUCCUUUGCUGUCUACACAACGGUGCCAUAUUUGAACCUCGACUCGAAGCCAGCAGCUUCCGAACACCGGAAUAUCACCUUCACAGGAUCCAAUCAGCUGGUGGAAGAGGAUGAAGACUACGAAUCGGAGGAAGAUGAUCAUAUAACCGGAGUGACGGUAACUGCACCCAUCGAGGUAUCCAGUGAGACUCCAAAGAAGCAAUAUAUUACCUCGGUGGUGACGAUGACGACAGCGACGACGGAAAAGCCAAGCACUUUCCAACCAUCGUCAACACCACCACAACCAGCGCCAGAGAUCCCACAAGAGCAAGGUGAUUUAGGACAUGGAGCAGAGCUUAUCUACGCAGCCAAUCUUCAAACAAGCAUCCCUUUCAGCCACCGUGCAAGGCAGCACACCGGAACUCAUCAUCUUACCCAUCUGGAUGAAUUCAACGAUCUGGUGAGUGAGGAGGAAGACUCCGAGGCAAGGGAAACUAUUUCGGUCAUUGUUUCCACAUAUCCACCACCGACGAGACCCAUUUCAAGUCUUGGUGCAAACAAGGUUUUCACGAAUCCUCCGAAUAUUUAUCACAGCCCCACAACGGAAGCACCGGUUACUGAAGUUCCGACGACCACUGUAGUCUAUACUACCGAAAGUACGCUGCCACCGACAUCUACUGCACGUGUGUUAUCUCUAACUGCAGCCAUUGGAGGUCACCGCAGCAUCGUGUCGACCAAGAAGCCGAAACAAAUUCAGAUUAUUAUACCCUACAACACUUACAAGAAACCGGAACCUUUCAAAUACCAAGAUCGAGAUGAGAACGAUCAUAUUUUGGAAGAGUCCAGCAUCGUGACCUCUGCGGUUGACACGACUACAACUUUCUCGCCGUCGAAAUCGACUUUCGAAAAAGGCGAGUCCAUGAAGUAUUUGCGUUCUACAACCAACCUAAAAGAUAUCCUUCGCAAGAAGAGUACGAGACCGUUUUCAAGACCUUCGACCGCCGCUCCAGAGAAACCAACAAAAACUAAAAAGUUUGAACCGGUUAAAGUUUCCAACUAUUCUAAACCGUUCACUGCGAGAAUUCCAAAGAUGACCCCCAUGCCUCCGGUGUUCAAUCUGACGGGUCUGAACGCUACCACACCGCACCCUCGCACAUUUCGUCCAGCCAUAGUUAUGGCACAUCCGUCUAAAUUUGCCCAGAACGUGGCUAACAUCACCCGCACGCGGUCGUCCCCAACCAGUCACACAUACCCGCCACGAACGACUCUCUCGCAACUGUUACGCACCACCAAAAUCAUCACCAAAUCUUCGAAACCCUACGAGGAACAUGAAUUUAUCACUCGACCGCUUCCGCCAGUCAUCUUUCGAAGAUCUACAACGACGACGACACCGACGACGUUCGCUCCGCCGCCUCCGACGACAACUCCAACGACGACGCUCCGUACAACAACAACACCCCCUACGACGACCAUUAUCACCACGCCAGCGCCAACCCCCACCACAACCGAGCAUCCCGAAACAGAUCCCGUCCCCAUCUACGAACGCAGCGAGUGGGACAUCGAUCCGCUGCUGCUUCAGCGCCGCAUCGACACCUGGACCGAGCAGCAGUUCACCAGCGAUGACUAUAUCCGAAGGUCCAGCAUCGCACCGCUGCACCGAGUCACCAAAGCCAUCCCGUGGGAGUUUCUCACCACGACGAUGCUCCCGUCGCUGCGGGACCGUCUCAAAGGUAGGGACAACUGGCGGCACCUCCGUAUCGCCAUUUCGCCGCACACCCGGGAAAAGGUGUACGUGGUGACGCCACAGCCCUGGACGCUACCCCUGAUGCAACAGGAGACGAUCGCCUCGGCCCGCUUUAUGGUCCGACCGACGCCGCAGUAUAAGCGGAGUGACAGCAGCAGCACGACGGCAGGUCCUUCGGUUGAUGUUUCACCAGAAUCAGUGAAUGAUCUGCUGGAGCAGAAGUCCAGGCAGCGAAGCUCCCUGGUGGCGGCCAAGCUGAAGCAACGGAAAUACGUCCGGAAGAAAAACAUCAUCCCGCUGUCGUCUAGCCAGGAGCAAUCGAGAUCCAGUGAGGAAUCGGCGGCCACAUCAACGGUAGUGUGACCAUGUAUGUGUGAGUGUACGUUGAUGUGUGUGGGUACGUUAAUGUGUGUGUGAAGCCUCCCCCGGGGAAGAAAUGAAGUCCUAGGAAGCGCAAUCUGAGCAGCCAAAGCCACAGCACAACUCUACUCUAGCUACUACAACGAUAAUUAGAAGUCAACCAGCCAGCAAAUGCUUCGUCAAACCGAUAUAAGUCAGUUAUGGUGUUGCGACGGGAUGAGACCAGAGAUGAGGAGGAGGAGAAGGAAAAAUUAAGCCGCCAGCAGACCGAGAAGAGUGAAGGUAAGCCAAGACGGAGAAAGGAGAGGCUCGCUGGUCUCUUUUCUGCAGAGACUGUGCAUAGAGUUAGUUUGUGAUGAUGUUUACGAUGGUAAUGAUGAUAAAACAUGAUGAUAAUGAGUUAAUCUAAGGAGCAAGAUAGAAUAGCACGCCCCGCUGGGUCCAGAAGGGUAAACUAGAUUUAUUUAUUUUAAUAGUUUAAAUAGAUGGAAAUGAGGGAUUGAAGCUCGGGGUGUGAUUGUGAUUGAAAGGCGUAGAGCUAGCCAUUGGAAGUCAUAGGUCAGAUUAAACUUCCAUAUGAAUCAUGCAAAAAUAGUCGGUCAAUUUCAGUUAGAAAAAAGUAUGUGGAUAUUUCCCUUUCAGCAUUCGGUGAUUCAAUUUUAAUAUCUCCUCUCUGCCAUUUUUAUAACUAGAUAGCGAGGAUAUGAUUCUCGCUGAAAGGGUUGGGACUUAUGAUUGAAUCCAACUUUAUUGGAUCAUCUCGUUCGGUUAGACAUGUUACCAUCCUGGGAAGGAUAAUUACUCAACGUUUGUAAGUACGAAAGCAACUGAUACUGCUAAUUUAAUUCUUUCUAAAUGAAAAUCACGUCUCUAGAAAAACUUCGUCUUCGUACGGAGUAUUACGAGGGUCACUAUUUAUAUUUCGGGAAUUGGCAACUCUGAUGUCAUGUGAGUCCAUCUGACGGUUCCAUCGUAAAGUUUGACAUUUUUGACGAUAUACGUACUCAGAACAUUUUGUCAUACGGACGCUAUUUGUUUAUUUUAUAUUUAGUUGAAAGUUUGGUCUCGGCAAAAAAAUGGAACUGAAUCGUGAACAUUUUCGUGCGAUGAUUUUUUACGACUUUCGACGUGGAUUAUCAUAACAAAAGUGCGUCAAUCAACUUAAUUUGACUUUUGGCGAUGAAGCUCCAUCAAAAACCACUGUGUAUCGCUGGUAUAGUGAAUUCAAUCGUGGUCGUAGUUCGCUGUCCGACGAGUUUCGUGAAGGUCGUCCAAAAUCGACUGUAGAGCCAGAAAACAUCGAUGCUGUGCACGAAAUGAUUAAGCAAGAUCGUCAUGUAACCUAUUGUGAGAUUGAGGCAUCCCUAAGCAUUAGUUCCACCAGCAUAUAUGCGAUUUUACAUGAACACUUAGUUUUGCGAAAAUUAUGUUCACGUUGGAUCCCACAUAAUUUGACAAUCGCUCAAAAAAAAGGCUCGUGUCGAUUGGAAUAAAUACUUUGAAAAUUGGUUUAAGCGCAUGCAAAAGUGUAUCGAUCAUUGUGGCGAGUACUUUGAAAAACAAUAAAAAUAUAUUCGCAGCUUAACUAUUUGUUUUUGUUCCUAUUCCCGAAAUAUAAAUAGUGACCCUCGUAUUUGCGUAUUUUUUUCGGUGCUUGGUAAAAUUCCGAUUACAAAUAGAAUACCUCGAUGUGAAAAUGUGGAAGUUUGAGGGAUACGCAGGGUCAGGUCGGAAGGUAGAGUCAUUCCUCGGCCAAGAUGGGAAUCUAACCUGAAGCUCGUCCCAUGUAAGUCACCUGAUGUAUUAUUUUCAUAUAGAUGGGCUUCUUUUGUGACUUGUUGUACGUAAACAUACAUUUGUAUAUACACAUUUACCUCUCUAUCGAGAAAUAGAGAUUUAUGAGUGCUGUUUGAUGAAAGACUGGCUUAGGCUAGAAACGAGAAACUAGAAACAAAUUGUAAGGAUUAGACUGAGGAUAGAUGCACCACCCUCAGUAAUCACCAAAUCGCGCCCAAAUAUUUAUAGAUAUUUUUGGCGAAUAUUACAAAUUUACCAAAUUAAAAUGCAUGAAAUAAUUCUCAAAUUUGUCCAAUAAUUUCAUCUCAUAUCGAACAUGAGUGCAACAAAACUAGCAUGAAUAUAUUCAAAAUGAAUACAAUAAUACGCCGUGUGUCAAUUGAGUUCCAAGACCCAAUUGUAUCAAAAUAUUAUAUACAGUCAUACCUCGAUAUAAGGCAACCUCGAUAUAAAGCACCUUCGAUAUAACGUAACUCGAUAUAACGUAACUUUUUCAGAUGCCUUAGAAUUAAAAAUAAACAAUGCAGAAAUAGUUUUUGGAGUAUGAAUUAUGUUUCCAGUAAGUUUUCAAUCAAAUAAGUAAAAUGGGGUAGCUCAAAUGGGGUAGGUAAAAUGGGUUUUUUCAAUGCUUUGUGAAUAUGUCCUGUAUAAAACCAAUAAUAUUACGUUUCAUAUUUUCAAAACAAGUACUGUCCUAGUUGAAACGGAAAAAAAUAAAGCUCACAUUUUUUAAAACAUUCAAACUUAUUAAAAUAAAUGUUUCAUGUGCAAUUUUCAUUUCAAAUCUCAAUCUGGAUGACGGAAUAUUCAAUAAAGUUGAAUUAAUUUAGUUCUGGAAACUUCCGACGCAUAUCGAUACAUGGUUGAAUUUGUACUUAAUGGACAUUUCACAAACGUAAACAAUGACGUCGUUCGGUACAUUUAGCUGACUGAAACAUUUCAGGAAAUAUGUUUAUCGUGUCUCGUGUUAUAUUUACCAGCAUUUAUUUCUUUAUUCUUUAAUCAAAAAAAAAACUUGUGGAAAAGCAAUGCACGAAUUGUUUUUUUUUCCCAUAUGAAAUAUGCAUGCCUUCAACCUGAUAUUCUUGGGCGGCCUUUACACUUGGUAUUAUUAUGGCAUUUUUAGCCAAACAUUGAAUAUGUUUCAAGAACAAAAUUCAGAGAUAAGUAAGUAAGACAAACAUAGAAAGUACAAAAUAAACAUUGAUACUAGAGAUGAAACGGAUAUCUGGUCUAUCCGGCUCAUAUUUGCUAUCCGGACGGAUACUGGAUAUUGGAAAAAAUCAACAAUUUCUCAUUAACACAACAUAAAUCAUAACAAAAUAGCUCGUUAGUUAGCUAGUAUAGCAUAGCAAAACCAUUUAUCCAUAAUUAAAAAUAAAGUUUUUUUACUGAAAUUCCAAAUUAUUUUUUUUAAAUUAAUAUUUACUCAUAACAUAACAGUACUAAAAAUUACCCUGUGGAAAAUUAGGAUGAAUAAAUAAUUAAUUUUCAAAUGUUGAUGAUGACAACCGAUUACGUUUUGCUUCGUACCGUAAUGAAUCAUUUUUCGGACAGCAUCAUAUUUCGGACACUUUGUUCUAAUAUCUUGAAAUGCUUAAUGCACAGAUGAUAUAACUAUAAAAUUAACAUCACAAUUGCUUCUUUAAAGUAAUCCCUUGGUUUCACUAUCAUUUCACAUGAGAACUACAUUUGAAUUAUAACAUAUUCGACAAAAGUCUGACAACAUUACUCAUUAUCGUUUGUGUCUGACGUUUGCCUAGCGUGAGCACGUAUAAUUUACCCGUUGCUUGGUAAGUGUUUCGCAGUUGACUAUAAAAUAUAAUCAAGUGUAAUGUUAUUUUCGUCCAGAAAAUUACAGAGUAAAGUGACCGAAAUUUGAAUUCAAUCUGUCCGAAAUUUGAUUUAGUGUCCGAAGUUUGAUUCUUAUUCGCUUCAUUUGAAAAGCAUUUCAAUCGAUGAUUUUUUUAUGUUUUCAAUCAAAUAGGUACCAAAGUGGAAAGCUUAAAAGCAUAUUGAACUAAUUUAUUGAAAAUAUCAACCAAAUAAUACCUGUGCAUAAAGCUUAGGUCUGUUUUCUGCAUCAUAUGCCUUAAGCGUCCGAAAUAUGAUUCAGAACGGUACAUCGGACCAACUUUAGAGAACAGUCUUCGCUGUAAUACUACUGCCAAGAGCUGAAAGAUACACUCUAGCAAUCCUUGCCCUCGAUUGAUUGCUUAGAUUUUAAUGACCACCAAAUUUUGAACCGAUUAUAAUCGUUAUUCACAUUUCGUCGAUUUCGUUAGCAACGGGGUUUUUUUCCUGGACGCGACGCUAACUAUUGUUUUCAUUUGCCACUUCGUUGAAACAGUCCCAAAAGAUGUGAGUUUCGUGUACCGUUUUGCCUUGAAUUCCGAAUAGUCUCAAAUUCCGAACACUUCAUUUUUAAAUGUAAAUUUACUGAACAUUCAUGUUAUAAAUAAUUUGAGGGGCAUAGAAUGAAAGGGGUGUAAGUGAUUUGAUCGAUUUCUCUACAUCGACUCUCUCUUUUGGUCAUACCUUAGCUGCAAAUACAUUCCCAGCUGUAUUUGACAAUGUGGAAGAUAGGUCAGAACCUCAUCUAUCGGAUUCUAUAGCAAACUUAAAUUGGAACGUUUUUGCAGUUGAGUUAUUAACUAAAUAAAAUGUUGAUGAAGAGAAAUCGAUCAAGUCACUUACACCCCUUACAUUCUGAGCCCUUCAUUUAAUAAUAAAAAUCCUGACAUUCUUUGUAAUGUAGGUUUCAUUUUGACAUGCAACACAAGUUGCCUACAACUUAUAAUACUAAGCAUUUGCAAAAAAGUAACAGUCAAAACCAGCGAUAAAAUGUUUGCGUAAGCAAAUUCAGAAUUUGAAUCAAGUUUCGAAGAACAAAUUAGAUUUUUGUGGGGUAUAGCAUUUUUCCAAAGAAAAAUAUCUAAUUAGUUUUUCACCAUGAAUGUGUAUUUGUAAAUCAAUUUUAUGGUGGACAAAUGAAAGAAAAGGCUCUAUUGUAUCCAAAAACCACAUCAAUUCCGAGAAAAAGUACCAUUUUGAGUAAUGAGACACUGUUUAAUGGCCAACAAAGCUUAAGUGUUCGGAGUUUUUGAGACAAAAUGGUAUAAGGCUUGAUUCAGUUUCGUCUCUUUUGUUUCGUUUACAGGCCUUGAAGACGACAAUGAGCUGUUACUCUCAGAAGAUUCGUCGCAAGAUAUUUUAUGUACUCCAAUAACAUUGCCAGCAAGACUGUUUACGUUUCAAGAACUCCUAAAUAGUUUGACUUGAUCCUCGGUUCUAAAAAGGUUACAAUUAACUAAUUCUGACCUUCUUCUAAGUAGUUGAAUCGUUAUCAGGGAAAAACACUGUUGAAGAUUAUUUGCAGAAAACUUGAAUCUCUACUAAAGGAUCCACGGAAACGGAAAAUUUAUUCAUAGUUCAUUAUUUUUAUGUAAAAAUGUGUUUAUUUCUUCUAAAAUGUAAUCCUUUAUUCGCUUCAUGCACACAUGCACACUGCCGGAUAUCCGACAAUACGGCCUUGAAGCUAUCUGGUAUCCAGACAAACUACUAUCCGUUUCAUCACUAAUUGAUACCAAUUUUACUUCAAUUUUUUUAAACCUUUUCUUCUACUUCAAACUGAUCAUGUUUGUUCACGAGAAUUAUCUCAAAUGGGCAUAAGGAAGGUUCAUAAAUACUGCUGGGUGUUUAAAAAUUUGUUUUUGCGCAUUUCGGAAUAAUCAAGAACAGUUUUGCAUCAAUAAAAACAACAUUUUUUUGCUUCGAUAUAACGUAACGAGAAAAAAAAUAAAGUUGCCUUAUAUCGAGGUACAACUGUAUAAGGAUUUUUAUCCAUUGGUUACUGGAAAAUUCUAUCUCAUAGUUUUAAGCAUUUGUUUGCUCCGCGCAAAAUAACCCGAAUAUCACAAUCGUUGUGCUCUUCUAUACCAUAAUGUGGCUAGUCACUGAUCGUGCGUCAAUUUUUUAGUUCGAAAGCAUCCAUAUUCGUCCUUUCACUUUUCUCUUUUCUCAAAAAAAUAUAUAUGGUAAAAUUAAAAGGAUAUUUUUGAUGAUUUCCAAUGGUUUACUUUCAGACCUUCAUAAUGUUGAAUUUUGCACUAUCAGAGUGAAACAUUUUUUCAAAAGACUUGAGUUUACAAAGUUUGAGCAAAAUCAGAGCAUUUUUUCUGUAUAUUGGAAUUUUGCAUCAAUUUUCAUCAUCAACUUCUUCCAAAAAUCCACUGUAAUGUAGGAUAUAUUACAACAAGUACUUGUGUAAGUAGUAGAGGGUGACCCCGAGUAGCCUGAUUUUUUUUUUGAAUUUGGCACUCUGAAGUUUUAGCACCUCGAACAGCCAAAUGUAUGAGGGCUGAUAAUUCCCCAACUUGUUAUGGCAAUUCAGACAAUGGGUAAUGAAGAGGCUUUUGAUGAUAUAUGUUAGGUUUUGCAUCGAUCCAGUACCAAACAUUAUGAUUGUUGAUAAACUCAUUCACAUAAAAAUGCGCUUCAAAAUAUUGUUAGGACUCGACUGAUUUGGAAGCAAUACACUGACGAAAACUUCGUGUCAUUGUUGAUCAAUUUAGUUCCUACAAAUCUUGCAACACUUGUGUCUUCAAUUUAGCAGAAACUUUCCGCGUUGAUGUGCAAAAAUUUUCGUGAACAGAUCCGGUAAUGAACAAAAUUUAAGUUGUCCCAUUAUUGUUGCAUGUUCGAAAUAGAAGCAUGAAAAAUAACAAUAGUAAAAAAUUGAGCAAACAUUUUUGGCUUCCUUCAUGAUAAAUUUAUUAAUAGACUAGCUGACCCGGCAAACGUUGUUUUGCCAUAAACAUUAUUUGGAGAAAAAUAUACGUUUGCUGUUCUCAAUAUGGACGGCUAAAUUUAUAACUGCUAGAAGCCGUUUAUAAAUUGGAAAAUCAAAGAUACGACAGGCAACUUCAUUGGAGGUGAUGUACCGACGAAUUUAAUAGCGCAUUAUUCCGUCAUUGCCAUUUAAUCGAGGAGAAUUCACAUCGGUAGUCUGAAUUUGAAACACAGCCAUAUUGCUUCAUUUGUUCACGGACUUGCAAUUGUAUUUAUUGCUCUUCAUCGAUUUGCAGAACUCAACAUUAGUAUGAGCAUUGAAUGUUUGAAUGUUUUGCUCAGCUGAGGCGAGUAUGGUACUACCCAACGAUUGUGAAUGUCAGUGCUGCGUUGUUGAUAUUUGUGAAUGGUUGUCCGCCAUUAUCAGUACUUCUUCGUUGAUAUAUUGGACAUCCGCCUGGGCUUGCCCUCGUGUCGUUGGUGAAAUCUUUGGGAAAACGCUUUGUACAUUUUUCAUCAAGGCGGUAAUAGUUUUAGAUCGACACCGGCCAUGAAUCAUGUGUGUGGUAAAAGUAUCGUACAGUCACUCCAUCAUUCCAUUGAUCCAUCAUUAGCAGACUCGAAAAUAAUUUUCAAUUGUUAAAAAUUAAAUGGAAAUUAUUACUCGAUGUUGUUUACAUACUAUAGGGACAUAGUCCUGACGCUAACUUAACUAUUUUGCUAUAAAUCUCCUUGAAUUUCUGCAGAAACUUUAUUCAUAAUAUGAAAUCAUUAUCAGAGACAAUUCUCGUUCAAGAUUUUUCCCCAUUUGCAGAGCAUGUGUUAUUCUGUUACAUAGAACUUAUAUUAUAGCAUAUUUUCGUUUUUUUUUUCGGUAGGUUCAUUAUAAUUGUUGUUUAAAAAGCGUGUUUAUUUCACCCGGAAUUUCUCUUCCUUUUUCGCACGGAACACGAAACACGAAGCUCAAUGAUAUCUAUAUCGAAUUGCGUUUCAAGGUUGCUAUAUUUGUACAGCCCGAUUCUAUAAUAUGGCGAUCGGGUUGAUGUUGUAACUGGUCAUCGAAGACUUCAUUUUUUGAUUGAACAAACGUGAUGGUAAUAGCAAAGCCAGGGUCGGCGUUGUUCAUGAUAGCGUCUCGCAAGAGAAUGUAUUUUUCUCACUGUUUAUUGUGUCGUAGGAAUCGUCACGUUUUUAUGAAAUAAAGUUGUCGUUAAUAAAUAUUUUGCUGCCAACUAAUUUUAACAAUUUGCAUACCAAUCGAAUCGGAAAUUCUCUAAGAUUUGUUUGAUAUGCUAUACAUUAUAAUUCCAUAGUCUGGAAAUGGUUGAAUUUGAUGAAAAUUGGAAACAUUCCAAUUUUCCCGUAUAUUUGUUCUGCUCAUUUGUGUACUUCUCUACCCGUGCUGUCAAUAACAAGUAACUUAUGCAACACGAGAAUAGAAACAACGAAGGGGAUAAAGAAUAGAAAAUAUUUGCUACGUAAACUUGCACAGUAAGUACGCUGUCGCUAGUGUAUAAAUAUUGCAUAUUCUCUGAGGAAAAUUUUCACUUCCCAAUUGGUGGCCAUCGAAGCAAUAUCGUUGCCGGCGGACGUCGAGUGGGUAUAAAUUGUACUCCUUUCGCAAUCCACAGAAGAUGGCUACAUGUGCAAUACCACUAAGUAUCUCUAAACAACAUCAAGCACAACACUUGAUACUUGCAAAUAUUGCUAUUUUUGUUGUUUGUAUGGGUUGCCAAAGAUAUAUUGAGGUGGCUAAGGAAUGUGGAAUAACGGUGGGUGCUGGUGGAACAAAUAGCAAAAAUUAGAACUCACUUUAUUGUCUUCUUCUUCUUCUUUGUUUUUUAAGAGGCUUUAAACUUUGCGGUUCAUUCGCCUCUAUUACUUUAUUGUCAAACGUCACUGACAUUUAUCAAUCGGCGAAGGCGUUACCUGCGUUACGAACGAUCAAUCGCAUAUGACCGAGUGUAUGUGUGUCUAAAAUGAAUUAGAGUAGUACUGAAUCUCUAAAUUCCCCGAAAAAAUUUUCUCAUAUUUCAAGAUUUUUUUAGUACUACAAUUUUUGAUGAAAAACUUCUUUGGUAAUAUUUCUCGAUACACUAUAGAAAAAAGCACUUUCAGUAUUUUUUUCAUGUUUUUAUCUCGAAGCUAUUGAGAAUGGCGUCUGAAAAAGUACGAGAAAGUACCUCUGGUAAACUACAAAGGAGUUAAAAAAAUAGUCAAAAUUUCUUAAAUUUAUUAUUUACACUAUACAAUACUUUCCAUAGAGCUGGUGAUUUGGUUUGGGGCCAUUUUUUACUUGCUUAUCCGGCCAGGCCCUUUGGUCAAAACAUCACCAGACCAUUGUGCGCCUUAAUAAACAGAAUGAGACGUUUCUGUAGGCAUUCUUUCCUAUACAUUUUCGAGUCCAUGUCUUGUUUGUAACGAGAACCUUGGUUUUCUGUCCACAGUUGCCUGUCCUUUGCCAAAUUAAUGGUGACACUAACGUAACUUAGAAAAAAGACGCUAUAUCGGUUAUUUCAAAAGAUAGAAAAAAAACAUUAUUCUACAAAGAUGUCUCAAAUAAUUGGGACUACAAAAUUGUCGAACUAUGUUUACCUGUAUCUAUAGAGAUAAGAAACUUAGAUUUUUUAUUGCAUCAAUAAUUUUGGUCACCCUAUUUUUGAUAAAAUAAAAAUGAGUGCUCUAUCAUAUGUAACAACUUUGUUUAAGACAGUUUUCAUCUAGAGAAUAACUGUCGAGCUCUAAAUGCUAAUUUCCACUUAAAUGCACCUCCUGGACUAUUGUGCAAUGGAAUCGAAACGGAACCUUUGAAACACAAUUUGCACUAUAACAGAAAAAUCUGUUUGUAUGGCAUUCCUGGAUGUACUUUUCCCGAAAGUGCUACAGCCAGAGAUGCCAGAUUUAAAGACAUGUCUUCAUUUUGAAGACAUUCAACUUACUGUGAAGACAUUUGAUUUCGUGAAAGCAUUUUGAAGACAUUAUGAAGUAUGUGAAGACAUUUCAAUGGGAUAGUGUAUGUGAAUUUUUGGGAGAUUUUAUUUUCAGAAAAUUGAACGAAAAAAAAAUCUUAGUGGCAUUUGCUUACUUUUUAUCAGUGUCACUUGUUCACUUUUGUCCUUAGUAAUCAAUGGAGACUUUUAUCUCGGUGUCACUCACUUGUUUUUCACGAUCAUUUCGUAAAUCUUUCAGUACUUCUGAACUGAUACGUGGAUGCUAUUUCAUCUUCUUUCAUCUCGAGAUCGAUUCUUGCAUAUGUUGCUUGUUAUUAUUUCGAAUAUCACCGUAGACGAGUUUUUAAGUUUUAGUUUGAGAAAAAGACAUAAUGUUCCCAAUGUGCUCAUGAAAUAAAAAAAUCAUUUGAAAAAAACAUUUUCGGCGAAAAAUGCCUACCCAGAGCCCCACGCAUUCAAUCCACAAUCACACACCGCUCUUCGCUCGCAGCUUCCCAGCAGAAAAAAAAAGACUUGCUCAGUGGCAAUUAAUUGUAGAAAACGAAAUGCGUGUGUGCAUAUUAUUAUGAUAAUUUAAGAGUUCACUUACUCGUCGUCAAUGAGUGAAAUGAGUGAGUGCGAUGUACGGGACGCUGAUUGUUAGAUUAAUUACACGUAAUUCUAGAUUGUUCCUAUCGCAUACAUGUACAGCAUCCAUAUCGACCCCCCCCCCUUCCCUUAUCCAUCACUGCGCACAAUACUGUGUCUCUGGUAAAACAACAGCAGACCACAAGACCACAUCAUUCGGAUGCGUACCCUGUGAAUGGUGUGCGAGAAAGUAAGCGCGAUAAAUACUAGCUUUGAAUUAACUUCAUUAAAUUACCUUAUGAGAUAAAUAAUACGACCCAAAGGGGUUGCGUAAACUUGGGUGGUGUGAUUUUUUUUUGUCGUAACCUAAGUUAUGUACUAGUGAAUCUCUAUGGUUGUUGAAUGGCGGGAACCUAUCCGCCAAUUUUCAACGGGUAAUGGCCGCGGUAACAGUAGUAAUGCGUGACCCCUCCCUCCCUCAGCAACUACCAUAAAUACCGAGUCAGCGAGAGUAAAUUAAAUAACCAAGGUGCGCAGAGAAUAAAGGUUGUAAGUUCAAAAAAUAAUUGCGAACGCGCGUUCGUGAUUCGGUAGAAGAAGAAAGAAAAUCCAAAUAAAAAUAAAAAAAUUACA